AUGAACCCAACCACACCCAAACGUCAGAAGCCCGAUUUUCGGCAGUACGUGAAUGGUCUGAACACCACCUUCGGGCUGGAAAUUCCCCUGCCGGGCAUUGAGUCACCCUCAACCAGAGAGAGUAACACCACCCUACCAUACCAGGUAUACAAACACCUGCGUCCGUUGUUCUACAAUGGUAAAUUCAUCCACGAGAGCCUUAGGGCAGACCUGGACGAUUGGAUCCGCGGAACAGCUGGGCUGCAAACCAGAGGUCGCAAUGCACCCCCGCUUCCAGCCCCCACACCAAAGCAACGAGAUGAGCGUACGAGAUACCUGCUCAAAUUGAUCGACGAUGAGCAAUAUCUCAUAGGCAAUGGCCGCCAGGAGAACGAAAAAAGGUUAGCCUGCGAUUCAUUGGGACCGGUCAAGGGCUUAUCGCGUAAAAAACGAAGGAUUACCGAUGAUGAAGAUGAGUACCACACGGCUCCUAAUUCCCCAACGAAAGAGUCGGGGCUGUCAAUGGCACAGCCGCCGCCUGGAGCUUAUGGGAAUGGCAGUUUCCAGAUGCCUCAGAUGCCUAAGAAGACCCAGGCAAGGAGUCAGGCGCGCAGCUUUUCUGGGGCAUCAAACUCUUUGGGAGGACAGGAUCACCAUAUCCCGCCUAAGAAGACCGAGGGAACCAGUCAAGCCCCAGCGAAGUACUCCGCAAGUUUUCCAGUGCCACCAAAACCACAAGGGAAUCACCCGUUGAGAAAUCGUGGGUUCCCGAAAGUGCUGUCCAAGCCUCAGCCCGGACCGUACUCCCCGGCCCGGGGACAAGCAAGCACCCCAUCAUCAUCAUCAACAGCACAAGGAAUCUUCAAAUCGCCAGCAAGGCCCUCAGAGUCUCCCAAGGCGGUCGUCUCACCGUUGCGACAAACGAAAAUCUCGGCAUGGAUGCAGAAACAGAGCCCAAUCGUUGUUGCGCCCCAAGAAAUCGAUUCAGCCGAGUUCAAGAAGCCCCAAUUGCUUGACACGCUGACAGCGGCUGCGAACCAACAAAAAUACGAUGACACUAUCGUGCCACCUUCGGCGAACACGAGUUUCUCCACGCGCACAUCGUCUUUGGCCGAUCUAUCCCACGAUGCCAUGGAUCAAUCUUUCGAUACUGUGAUGACUGAGAUCACUGAUCCAGUUGAUACGCAAUCCACAUAUGCCGACUCCGUCGUUGAUGUGAUGACUAGCGAAGAGAUGCUUAGAAGUUUCGAUGCUGCUACUACGUCCAUGAUGGUCAACCAUGAUCCCAUUGAGACGAACGAAUCUCUUAAGCAAGAUAUUCUGGACGAGCUGCUGUCGCAAGGCCCAUUUUCGAAAGGUUCAUUCCCGGCAAAAAUCCCUCUAAAGUUCCGAUAUGAGUUGGAACAAGUUGGCCGUGCAUGGGACGUUCCUUGCAACCGCAUGCUUGUCGGGGAUCAUGUUCCACAUGAAACUCAAGAGAAAUUCUGGGCUUGGAUCGCUGGAAACAAUCAACGGAAUAGAAACCCGCUUCCAGAGAGAUCCUCGACUCGAGCCUGGGAAUGUGCAAUUGAUAGCUUUAAGUCGAAGAAGCAAUCCGAGGUGGUUGUGCUUUCUGGAGAAAUGGAUUGGUGCGAUGAGUCCGAGCCUGGGAUCUUUAAGCUGAAGCUGAAUCCACUUAAGACUGAGCGAACGUGUCGUUUUCAUCGGAGAUUCGGAUCUGAUAGAUUUUUGACCAUUACCGUCCCUGCGCCUUCUCGGCCGCCCCUUCACCAGAAGAUUGAUUCCUCGGCCCUUCAGCAGUGUAUGGCUACAUGGCUUACGCGACAUGACCAUACUUGUCUUGGUCGCACAUGGCGCGCGUUCUAUGUCGAAGAAGUCAAUAUCAAACGGAAAGUCAAGGGUGAGCCUCGGUUCCGUGUUGAGUUUUUUGCUGUCAGUGGUGGAGACUUUGAGCCCUGGUCUAGGAAGAUUUUCCCGGCGAUAUCUGCUCCUCGAUUGCAAGGGGAAAGGCCUACGCCAAUGAGCGUGGCAAAGUUGCUAGAAUGGCAUAUGCCAAAUGCUGCAAACGCAAACCAAAGCAAUUGCAAGCUCUUCCAGCGAAUCUCACUGGGCUUGUCAAAGACUUUCGACACAGUCACUGUACGACCAAGUCAGAUCUUUCGUCUGGAGGAUGUCAAGGGUCGCCCUGUUAUGAAUGACGGAUGCGCUUUGAUGUCCAGGGCACUUGCGAAUAAGAUUUGUGAUCGUUUAGGAAUCACCACUGCGACGCCGAGUUGCUUCCAGGGCAGGAUAGCAGGUGCAAAAGGUCUCUGGAUGGUUGAUCGUCACCAGUCCAGUAUCGAGGCCGAGCCCGUGGACGGUGAAGACAUUUGGAUUCAGAUCUCUGAUUCGCAAUUGAAGAUUCACCCUCAUCCACAGGAAUGGGUUGGUCCUUGUGAUGAGGAGAAGCUGACAUUUGAGGUUGUGAACUGGGCCAAGCCGCUCCACCCGGUCGACUUGAACAUUCAGCUUCUUGGGAUUCUUCAGCAUGGUGCGGGCGCACCCGUGAAGGAUUACAUUGCUCAAUUAAUUCAAAAUGGGGUGCAACGACUUUAUGACGACUUCCUUGCAGUUCUCAAAACUAAUAGUCCUGUCUCAUGUCGCGCCCUACUUCAAAAGCUCAAACCCUCUGGGGAUGAUCCAACCGGUAAAGCGCGGCGCUUAGAAGAAUGGACGGCGAAUGAGGCAGAAUCUAUCAUAAGAUACUCGGAAGCUGGAUUUGCUCCACGGGAUUUCUAUCCACUCCGCGUCAAGCUGCGGAAAUAUCUCACCUGGCUUCUCGAUCGGCAAGUGGAAGAACUUAAGAUUGAAGUCCCCCUUUCGACUUAUGCCUAUUGUAUCGCGGAUCCAUACGGCGUGCUUGAGGCGGAUGAGGUGCAUUUCGGCUUCUCGAGCAAUUGGCGAGAUCCGAACGGCCAGUUUGAAGACAAUCUUUUAGAUGGUGUGGAUGUUCUUGUCGGUCGGCUUCCUGCCCAUGUUCCUUCGGAUAUCCAACGGCGUCGAGCAGUGUGGAAACAUGACCUACACCAUUUCAAAGAUGUGAUUGUUUUCCCUACAAAGGGCAAUGUUCCACUUGCGCACAUGUUAUCUGGCGGAGACUAUGAUGGCGAUACGCCGUGGGUUUGCUGGGAUCCGAUGAUUGUAAACAAUUUCAAGAACUCCUCUCUUCCAUCGGAGUAUCCACCCGAUCAUUACGGUCUUACCAAGCACUCUGUGCCAAUGUCGGAGUUGGAAACCACGGAAGACUUCUUACGCAGUGCGUUCGAAUUCAAUCUUACGACCUCGAAUCUUGGUCGAUGCACUGUGGAGCAUGAGAAGUUGGCGUACGAGGAGUCCAUCGACUCACCCAAGGCAAAAGAGUUGGCCUGUCUGUUAAGUCAUCUCGUGGAUAGCCGCAAGGGCGGCGUUCUACUUUCGGACCAAGCCUGGAAGGCAUUCAGAAAGACGCUUAGUCCCAAACUCCGUGCUCUACCGGCCUAUCGUCCAGGCUCAACCCGCAAGCCUAAACUCUCGAACAUUGUCGAUUUCCUGAAAUUCUCUGUUGCAAAGUCUGAGGAAAUCAGGAUUUUGUCUGGGUUGAACACUGCGUUUCCCGAGCACGAGAUCCAAGAAGAUAUCGAUCAAGAUCUCAUUGUUCCAUGGACGGAAGCAAAGAAUGCCGCAGCAGAAGAAAGCAAGCAUCAGAAGAAGUUGCAGGCUGCGUUGAACGGGAUCCGAACCUCGAUCGAGACAUUGUUCGAGAAGUGGCUUGAAGGAAAUGCGGCAAGCGAAGGAUUCUCGCCCCUCUCACGCGAGGCAGUCGAAAGUGCCAGCGGCAUCCCUCCCCCCGAGGGCAAUCAUCCGCUCAUCCAUACUUGGCAAAAUAGUCGCGACGAGUGGUUGCGAGUGCUAGCGUCAUACACCUAUCAACGAUAUCCUCGGACUGGGUUCGUCCUUCAUGCGUUCGGUGAGACUUUGUGCCACAUGAAGGCGUCUUGUUCGGCAUCUCGCCUGGUCGUCGACGAGAUCAUCGCCACCUACCGAGUGAACCAGAAAAUGGUCUCCCAUCUCACCGCUACUGAAGUUCCUGGUAUUGAGGCCGACAGCGACCUAGAUGACUAUGAAGGGGGAGACGUGAUAGAAGCCAUGAUAUCCUUUGGAUAG